AUGAAGUGCAUUACGUCUGCCUGCGUCGCCGUCUUCGUUAUAUCUGGACUGCAUGAAGGGUUUGCGGCAUUGAAACCAGUGUUGUAUCCUGAAACGGCUGACAGCAAGCUUGUUAUCAAGGAAGGAGAUGAGUUGAAAAUAUCAUGUCUGGGUGAAGGGCCAAUUCAAUUUCAAGUCAUGAAAGUUCAAAAUAAAAAUGCAAAGUCUCCGAAAGCAGAUUGCGAUACUACUAACAAAAAUUGUACGCUGUAUAUUCGUAACGCAAGCGGAACCGACACUGGAUGGUACGCUUGCGCCGAGAAAGGAAUCGAGUUUCAGAACGAUGAGCAAACUAUCGAACAUCCCACCGAAAAUAUCAGCUGGAUCUACGUUUACGUAAAGUCGUCAAAACCAUUUGCUUCUAAUGUUUCAAAUGCGGACAUAAUAAGACCGCCUGAGAGUUCGGCGGUUAUACCGUGUCGGCCAACGUCGCCGGACGUCACGCCAACGUUCCUGGACAAGUAUUUGAAAAAUGCGACAGGAGGCGGUUUUCGAUUCGACUCGAAAAUUGGAUUCAUUAAAGAUAAAGUGGGUUUGGAGGAUGAUGGAAAUUACAUAUGUGAACUGCCACAACACGAGAAAAAUAAUGAUAAAAAAGUGGAGAUAUCAUACACUCUGGUAGUUAGAGAAAAUGAAAUGAAACCUCCAUUCAUCGACGAGGAUAAACUCCGACACUUGGUACGUGGGCGGAAUCAAACUCUAAGGUGUUACAUCACUGAUGAAACUCAUGACCCGUACGAGGAUACGUAUUACCUGACGUGGAAAGCCCCGGGUGCGAUACCAGCGGAGAGAUUGCGGCGCGAGAAUACUACUGGAAAGGAAGCUGUGUUGACGAUAGUAGAUGUGCGGGAAACUGAUAGCGGGGAAUAUACUUGCACUGUGACCGGAGGAGCUUUUGGCCAUAUCGCCCUGAAAUCAGUGCGCAUUCAAUUUUAUGACCCUAAUGAAGAGUACAUCAAUGUGACUGACAUUUCGCCCUUGACCCAAACUAUAAAUGCAACAGAAACAGCGCUUUGGGAAGUUGACAUUGACACGUAUCCUGAAGGAAAUAUUACAUGGCUCGAUACGGAAAAAACAGAAAUUUCCAAUUCAACCCGGUACUCGCACGAUGUAUCCGGAACAAAACACACGUUCCAAAUACGUAAUGUGGGAAUUGCUGAUUUUGGCAGUUAUACAAUUCGCAUCAACUAUGGGAACGAAUCGAACGAACACGAACUUGAAUUGAAGGUUCGAGCGCCACCAACUGCCAAGAUCGAGUCGGCUCCGAAUCGUUCGUAUAAACGAAACGAAACUCAGGAAUUCCGUUGCCGGAUAUCCGGGUACCCGUUGCCAAACGUAACGUGGCGUUACUCGGAAUCCGCCGGUCCUCGAUCGGACAACAAAUCUGUCGAGACAAUUUUUCCGCCAACAGGAAAAGGAUCGUUACAAAAUCCCCCAACUGGCUUCCUCUCAUUUUUGAAAACAUCGAUCAACGCAACAGGUGUUCUGACAUGCAGAAGCUGCAAUGAAAUCGAUUGUGCCGAAUCAACCAUGACAAUCCUCGUUGCUGGAGGGCAACCAGCGGCAGAACCAAGUGCCCACAAAGAUGUCAUCUGGAUCAGCUCGAUCUGUGGCCUCAUUAUCAUCAUCAUCGUAGUCAUUAUUUGUAUGGGAGCCAAAGUGAACCGUGAAAGACGCCUGAAAAAGGAAUUGUUCGACUCAGUAUUGACGCAUUUCGAAGAGGGAGCACUGGAGUGUUUGAAUCCCGACCUGACCGUGGAUGAACAAGCGGAGUUGUUACCCUACGACAAGAAAUGGGAAUUUCCGCGAGAAGAUCUAAAACUUGGCAAACAACUGGGAAGCGGAGCGUUCGGCGUCGUGAUGAAGGCUGAGGCGCGAGGGAUUCGCGUCGCGGGUGAAACGACGAUUGUUGCCGUGAAAAUGGUCCGACGAUCGACGGAUCCGAGUUACAUGAAAGCUCUCUCGGGCGAGCUCAAGAUCAUGAUCCACCUCGGCCGACAUUUGAACGUCGUCAAUCUUCUCGGUGCCUGCACCAAAACUAUCCUCACCAAGCGUGAAUUGUACGUCAUCGUGGAAUACUGCCGCUUCGGUAAUUUACACCAAUAUCUGCAACGUCAUCGAGCAACCUUCAUCGACCAAAUCGAUCCCUUGACAAAAAAAAUCAAUCCGAAUAUCGGUAUGGAGUUGUUGGCCAGAAGCCUAAGCAUCACAAGCCAGGAUAGGGUAGAUUAUGCUUCGUUAUCCUUUUCCUGCAGCAGCAGCACAAGGACGUCUCAUGACAAUGGUGAUUUUGAACUAAGAAUAAGACGUCAUUCUCAUGACGGAGAUUCCAGUGAAGUAAACAUGUCUCCUGACGGUGCAGAUUCGGGUUACAAUUCAUCGUCAGUUCAGCCUGGAUGGCGGUCUAAUUACCGAGGCGACUACAUAGAUCAUAAUUUAAAUCCCGUUUGUACACGAGACUUGCUCUGCUGGGCUUGGCAGGUAUCGCGGGGCAUGGAAUAUCUCAGCAGUAGAAACGUUCUACAUGGCGAUUUAGCAGCAAGGAACAUACUCCUUGCAGACGAUAACGUCGUAAAAAUUUGUGAUUUCGGAUUGGCUAGAAACUUGUACAACGACAAAAAUUAUACGAAAAAAGGAGAUUGCCCCUUGCCGGUGAAGUGGAUGGCCAUCGAGUCGAUCAGAGACCGAAUCUUUUCAACCCAGUCGGAUGUUUGGUCCUUCGGGAUAGUCUUGUGGGAGUUUUUCACACUGGCAUAUACUCCGUAUCCGGGUUUGGAAUUCAAAGAUCAAUAUGAUAAAUUAAUCGAGGGAUAUCGCAUGGAGAAGCCAGAAUACGCAACCGAAGAAAUAUACGAUUUAAUGUUGAAGUGUUGGAACGCAAAGCCGACUUUGCGUCCCACGUUUUCUGAUCUGGUUGAAAAGUUUGGAAGUUUGUUGAAUGACGAUGUUAAAACGCAUUAUUUCCGACUGAAUACCGUGGACGCUGAUUUCAAUAUUGAAACUUCCCGAGACGGCGGAAUUGAUUAUCUGACCAUGAUGUCUGCUCCAAAUGGCAUCGAUCACAUUCCACAUGUUUCAACUUCGGAUGGCUCACCAGCUACGGAAUAUCUUUACAUGAGCCCAGGCAAGACAUUCCGUGAUACUUUCAUUUCCAGCCCAUGUCCGGAACUCGAUUCGUCCCACUUCGAGUUUCCUCCACCGAACACAAAUGCUCCGGACAAUUCCGAUUUACAAAUACGUAUCGAACCAACGCCAGCGCUUGCUCUUGACGUUCCACUCAAGCAUUCGAUUGCUAAGGACGAUCAGGGUGCAGAAAAGAGUCAACUUGAAGAGGAUCAUAGAUAUUGCAAUGCCACGAAUGUUUCACAAAAUCGAUCCGUUCUCCUAAACAAUAGUUCGGACAAACUUGCGAACAAAGCAAAUUGUCAAAUGAAUAUUAUGAAAAAUUUAUCACCACGGUUAAUCGGGAAAGGUGAUAACGACUAUAUCGAUAUGCCACAAUCGAAGGUUGAUCCUGCGAAAGACACAUCGGAUAGCCGUAAUAAUUCAAAUUACGUUAUUAUACGCAAGAAUCGUCAAAACAGCAUACCGGUAUGACAAAUUUGAUUAGAUUUUUUCAUACUUCACUCUUGAGUUGCAAUCGUUUUGUUUCUCUACUGUCAUCGUGUCUCGGACUGAUUUAAAAAUUAUAAAUUUUGAAUAGCAAUUAUAACCGUGAAUUCUCAUGCCAACUGAGGAUUAGUUUGAGAGAAAACUCAAUUAACUACGUAUCGACGAGUACACAAAUUAUCUACGCGUCACAGAUCGGAUUUUGACCUUUCUACGUAUCUUAUCGUUGAAUAUUACGAGUUCAAUCAUCAGUUGCACAUCCGAAAUGUACUCGAUCGAUCCUUCUGUCUCUCGAAGCUACUUCAGUUUCCUCUGGCAGACAUCGUUGUCAGAAUUUAGAUUAAUUUCUUGAAUGUCAUCUUAUUUCGCCACAUUAAUCAUAUCAUUCAUUAGCAGCACGAAAUUGUCACAGAAUUAUCCAGAUAUCCAUAUUUGUUCACAACAGUUUAGUACAGAUUGUUUUUCGUAGUCCAGACAAGGGUUUUAAUUUAUUCUAAGAUCGACGUUGCCUGUAUCACUUUCAUCACGCUCACAAGGUUUAAUUAUUUAUUUAAAUAGCUCACAGUACGUCGUUAGUGGGUCUCUGCGUAGUUAAUAAGGAAAUAUCGGAACGCGAGAGUAUAAUUUAUCUUUUUAUAUUUUCCUGUACACAAACCAUCCAACGACACAAUAUCUCCUAUAACCCGUUCAUGUAAUCCCUUUCGUUUAUCCCGUCUAUGUAUCGAAUAAUUUGAUAUUUAAUUCUUCCGAUAUAAGUUGUAUAUUUACAAUUAUAAUUUAAUAAUUUAAUUUAAUUUAGAGGUAAAAUAUCGUUGAUUAAUAGAACGGUGGGGGAAAAAUCACGAUAUCGAAUAUUUACAAACGCAAAACAUGCUUCACAGAAUAUUGAAAUGUAGAAAGUUGCAAUACAGAAUAGGCAAAUUGUAGAAGAGUCAAAAGCCUAAUAUAAAAUCACUGGAAGUGUGAGCACGCAAGAUGAAGCCACCGAGCUUCAGGGCAACCUGCUAAGGUUGAAACUUGUGGGUAAAAUUUUAUUCUCGAUUGCUUUUCUUAUUGUUCAGCAUCGAAUCGAUGGAUCGAUUCUACGAUUAUUGCUCAAUGUAAUUGACCGGCAACAUUAAACACGAUAUUAUACUUUGUCACAUUACAUAUAUGCUUCAAUUUUACUGUAUGAAGCAGUAGAAAAGUAAAAGUCAGACAUAAACGAGUCCAUCAAUUUUAUCAACAAGAUUGUAUCAACUUCACUCGAACAUAAAGUUUCUUUGGCUGAGCGCAAGACUUCAUUAAUCGGAAACUGCGGUUUGGAAAAUGAGUAAUCGCCGCUGAUUACCGAUGAAAUAAAUUAAAUAAGAAAAUUCUUUGCGGAGUUAUUAC